AUGGUUCUAGACAUGAUGGGUCUGCAAAUUGUGGCAGCUUCCACAUUCUUCAGCGGCACAUGGAAGUACUCGAGGAUAGUUGACGUCUUUGGCAAACUAGACCGAAUCUAUCGAGACCUUCAGUACAAGAACAGAGAGAUCAAGAUCCAAGUAAAGGUCAUCGUAGUCUCCAUCGUAAUGGCUUUGCUGUAUUUGGCCAACAUCGCAAACAUCGUAGUGAACAAUGCGGUAGACUUCUCGGUGUUGAAUUCUGUCACCUUUCUAUUGCUGGACUGCACUCGACUUGCCUUUCUCUUACACUUCACUCAUGUAACUGAAAGUAUCAUUAUGGGAUUCACGACUAUUAGUAACAAGAUGAGAGAGGAGAUCAUCUGCAACUUAAUAGAACGAACGGUGAUGCAGCGCAGCUUGGGCACUACGGUAUAUAAGAUCAAGAAAAUGAAGUCACUGAUGAACACCUACUGGAUGUUGUGUGACGCAGUACACCAGGCUAAUGACUUCUACUGCGAUCAGCUGAUGGCCGUUAUGUUCUCCUUGUUUGUUCACGUCACGAUCACGUCCUACUUCUUCUUCUUGUAUGUAAGAUCUGGUUACGUGUUCGCCUUCACUAUGGAUGCAGUCUGGGUCCUGGUUCUCAUCUGCUAUGCGAUUCUGGUUGCGAAUUCAAGCACGGAUAUCACUAACUCGGCCGACAAUACUGCGGUGAUGAUUUGCAAGUUGAUAAACAAAGAUCUGGAUCCGAGUUUUAGGAAACAGCUUGAAGGGUUCCUACUGCAGUUGCCUCACCACAAUGCAAGAUUCUCUGCUCGUGGAUUUUUCCAGAUCCAUAAUGAGACCCUCAUAUCAAUGGCUGGAGCGGUGACAACUUACCUGGUGAUACUGAUCCAGUUCCAGACUGAGAAUUAA